AUGAACAGACCCCUCUCCCAGCAGGAGGCAGCUGAGAGGUACCUGGUGCUCUUUCCUUCCCACGUUCUCAUUCUGUCGCUGGCCCCUGGGCAUCAAACUUUUGUCUACCAGGGACUUCUUCCCCUCACAGGGCUGAGGGUGAGAGAGCACCAGGGUAGCCAGACUGGGCUUGACAUCUUUGGUUCCAUGAUUGAGACCAGGACCAUCUUCUGUGGGACCCCCGACAAGUGCCAGCUCUGGGUUCUUGGGCUCCAGUAUCGAAUACAAGAGUUGAAAGGCCAGAACUCGGGGCCCUGUUCUAGUCCCCUGUCUCUACUGGUUCCCUGUGAUGAGCCCUGGAAGAGGCAGGAGCUCCGAAGUCUCCUCCUCUGCUCUCCUAUCCAGCAGUGGGAGGGAAAGCCCAUCCAGCACAUGGGCCCAGUACAAGCUCUGGUGCCUGUCCAGGUGGCCUCUGCAGGCUCCAGGGAGUUUCAGGAUCGUCUCCUGCUUUUGUUUGCUGAGGACCUGGUGUUCUUGUCUCUGAGCCCUGGAGGCUCCGGCCUCAUCUACCAGGGAAAGCUCCCUCGGUCAGGAAUCCAGGCUCUGGAGAAGUCAGCCAUUCUCGGGAGGCUGGAAUUUGAAAUGACAGGCAACAUAAUGGAGCCAAUCCUGGUGGCCUGCUCGGAAGCAGAGGACUAUGAACUGUGUCUGUUCCACCUGCAGAAGCCCAACACGCAUCUGCCUUCGAUGGCCAGCCAGCCACCGAUUAUUCCCAAAAAGGUGAAGAGGAUAUAAGAGCCAGCCAGGCAGUUCCACCUGCCAGACAGAGCCCCUCUGUCUCUUACAGCAAACCAGCCUCACUCCACCCUCUGCUCAUAAAGCUGGACAUUUCUCAUAGAGACUCUGGAGAAAGGAAACAGGAGGACAUGGGCCCCAACAUCCAGGGCUCUGAGCAAGGGCUCCCACUUCAGGGCCUGGCAACCCCCAAGGAAGCUACUGCUGUAGAUAAAGGGAGGUGGGGCUGCCGCCAGGACAUUGGGCCAUUUUUCUUUUCCUGGAGUCAUUAACCCCUAGCCAGUUCCUGGCACCUGUCCCAGUGGCCCGAGGGGACCCCGCACAUCUUAUGAUGUGCUUUCCAGUCACAGCUGAUAAAGACCCAGACCUCAGGAUGCCCUUCCCUGUUUGUCCAGAUCAGAGAGUAUGUGAAAAGGAGCAAAUGUGAAAUAAAGCCAGAACCUUAGAUAAGGCCCAGAGGCAUUUAUCCUGGGGGCACUGAGGAACCAGUAAAUAUUCUUGAGGCAAGAAAAGCUCCU